GGGUAGUAUUUGUGAUUGACAGCAUCAGGACCCAUUAACUUCCAACAGCUUCACCAACCUUUAUGCAACAUUUUCUUGAACACAUGGAGGAGUGUGCCAGCAAUACAUUGAUAAUACAGUAUGUUACCAUAUAGCAUUUUUUUACACAUUACGCGUUUUUGCAGUUCACUUUGCUAUUAUUCAGUUUUAAAACGCUGCAAUUUAUGCACUUGCGCGAGGUCUGGGAAGGGUAUAUGGACGACAAAAGAACACCGAAGAAGAUUGGGAUCCGAGGCCUCUUCAACCCGGCGUGAAGCAGGCGAUGCAAUCGACAGUGCAGGGUCUGCUGGAGGUUACGCGAGGUCUUUGUCUACCAACAGCAGGGACGUGAGGGUGCGGUUUGCGCCAAGUCCUACAGGUUUCCUACACCUGGGAGGAUUGCGCACUGCUCUCUAUAAUUACAUCUUUGCUAAAAAGCAUGGGGGCAGGUUUGUGCUGAGACUGGAAGACACAGAUCAAAGCAGACUGGUCCCUGAGGCAGCGGACAGGAUCGAGGACAUGCUGGAGUGGGCAGGGAUACCACCUGAUGAGAGUCCACAUAAGGGAGGCCCAUUCGGACCUUACCAGCAGUCCCAGAGGCUGGAGCUCUAUCAGGAGGCUGCACAGGCCUUAGUGGCAAAAGGAGCCGCCUAUUACUGCUUCUGCAGCCCUCAGCGGUUGGAGCUGUUGAAAAAGGAGGCCAUCAGGAACAGACAGACCCCACGGUAUGAUAACAGGUGCAGACACCUGGAUCCGGAUCAGGUAAAGGAAAAGCUUAUGCAGAAGCAGCCUCACGUGAUCAGGUUCCGCCUGCAGGAGGGAGUGGAGCCCUUCCAGGACAUGGUGUUUGGGUGGAAUAGGCAUGAGGUAGCAGCCGUGGAGGGGGAUCCGGUGAUCCUGAAAACGGAUGGCUUCCCCACCUACCAUUUGGCCAAUGUAGUGGACGACCAUCACAUGAUGAUCACCCACAUUCUGAGAGGGACAGAGUGGCUCAUCUCCACAUCCAAACAUCUGCUGCUCUACAAGGCUUUUAACUGGGAGCCACCUUCUUUUGCACACCUGCCUCUGCUGCUGAACAAAGAUGGUAGCAAGCUCUCCAAGCGGCAGGGCGAUAUCUUUAUAGAGCAUUUUGCCAAGUUAGGGUAUUUACCUGAGGCUCUGCUUGACAUGAUCACCAAUUGUGGAUCGGGAUUUGUGCAAAAUCGGCUGGGGAGAACAUUGGAUGAAAUGAUUGCUGAAUUUGAUGCUACAAAACUAACAACCCAUUCUGCUUUGCUGGAUCUGGAGAAACUUCCCGAAUUUAAUAGGAUUCAUCUGUUCCAGAGAAUCAGUGAUGAUGACAAGCAACACAAGCUUGUUAAAGAUCUACAGAGUUACUUAAUGCAGGCAUAUGGCGAGCAGAUACAUGAUAAGGAUGUUUUGGAUAGUGAAUACAUUGAGCGCAUUCUUCAGUUGCGAAAGGGACACAUAACUUGUAUUCAAGACCUGGUGUCUCCCUCAUACUCCUACCUGUGGCUGCGGCCCUGUGUUUCACGAGAACAGUUACAGGAUAUUUCUGUGGAAGCUGAAAGUAUUAUCACACUAAUCCUGGAAUUAAUUCAGAACCAGACUGCAGACUUUAGCCCGGAACACCUUAACUUGGAAUUGAAGGCAUUGCAAAAAAGGACAAAGGAAACUAAAUAUAGCGCUAUGAUGAAGUUUCUCCGACUAGCACUUAGUGGACAAAAGCAAGGACCAAGUGUUGCUGAAAUGAUGGUCUCUCUGGGACCAAAAGAAGUGUGCCACCGUUUACAGAGAGCACUGAACUCCUAAUGGUAUGUAUCAUCAAAAAUGAAUUUAUAUUAACAUCUUCAUGGGUGGCACAGUGGUUAGCUUUGCUGCCUCACAGCGUUGGGACCCUGGACUAGGAUGCUGGCUGUAUGUAUCUAGUUUGUAUCUGACUAUAUCAUCUAUUAGUAUUUGCAUUGGUUUCCUCCCACAGUCCAAAAACAUACUGGUCCGUUAAUUGGCUUCUGGGAAGAGUCUUUAUGUGUGUAUCUGUAAGUGCCCUGCCAUGUUAGAUGAACUGAAUGAGUUCAGUUAGAAAAUGGAUGGAUGGAUUAACAGCAUCACCUUUGGUUUAAUACUGUAUAUAAGGCUUUGCAAAUAUUUCCUUUUGAAUUUAUUUUUUAUUAUAACAAGAUGUAAAUAGAUGUAAAUUCUCCAGUUUCUGUAUUUAAAUAAAAAUUGUAAGGAAAAUAAA